GGUGAGGAAGCUGAAGGAGACCCUGGUGACGGUGCAGCAGCUGGAUAAGAACAUGAGCAACCUGCGAACAUGGUUGUCUCGUAUCGAGGCGGAGCUGGCCAAGCCGGUGGUCUACAGCGUCUGCCACAGCGACGAGAUCCAGAGGAAACUGGCUGAGCAGCAGGAUUUGCAGCGAGAUAUUGAGCAGCACACGGAGAGCGUGGCGUCUGUGCUGACGCUUUGCGACGUCCUGCUCCACGAUGCCGACGCCUGCGGCAGCGACUCCGAGAACGACUCGAUCCAGCAGACCACCCGCAGCCUGGACCGACGCUGGAGAAACAUCUGCGCCAUGUCAAUGGAGAGGAGGAUGAGGAUUGAGGAGACGUGGCGUCUCUGGUGCAAGUUCCAGGACGACUACUCUCGCUUCGAAGACUGGCUGAAGACAGCUGAGCUCACAGCAGCGAACCCGGACUCCGCCGAUGUCCUCUACACUAGCGCCAAAGAGGAGCUCAAGAAGUUCGAGGCGUUCCAGCGGCAGGUUCACGAGCGCUUGACUCAGCUGGAGCUGGUCAACAAACAGUAUCGCCGCCUGGCCCGGGAGAACCGGACCGAUGCCGCCAGCAAGCUCAAAGUCAUGGUCCACGAGGGGAACCAAAGAUGGGACAGCCUGCAGAGGAGGGUGGCCGCGGUUCUCCGCAGACUCAAGCACUUUACCUCUCAGAGAGAAGACUUUGAGGGGACCCGUGAAGGGAUCCUGGUCUGGCUGACAGAGAUGGACCUCCAGCUCACCAACGUGGAGCACUUCUCCGAGAGCGACGUCGAUGACAAGAUGAGGCAGCUGAACGGCUUCCAGCAGGAAAUCACCCUGAACACCAACAAGAUCGAUGCCCUGAUCGUGUUUGGGGAGAACCUGAUCCAGAAGAGCGCUCCACUGGACGCCGUGCUCAUUGAGGACGAGCUGGAGGAGCUGCACUCCUACUGCCAGGAGGUGUUCGGCAGAGUGGCUCGCUUCCACCACCGUCUGGUCAACAGACGCCCGGUCCUGGAGGAGGAGAGGGAUCUGUCGGACCGGGAUACAGACCUGGACGACUCAACUGAUCUGACCAAUGGGACUUCCUGGAGGGGGGCAAGGAAGAAGGAGGAGGAAGAGGAGGAGGUUCCAGCGGUAGGUGGAGUCUCAGCCGGACGACAGGCCAUGUGUCACCUUCUGGCACCACCUCUGGAGCGGUCGGGGCGAGAGACCCCCGUCAGCGUGGACUCCAUCCCGCUGGAGUGGGACCACACGGUCGACGUAGGGGGAUCGUCGUCGCACGAGGAUGACGAGGACGCCACCUUCUUCAGCGCUCUGUCAGGUAAUAACGGCUGUUCACUAUCCGUGUCAGUGAAUUAUUUAUUGAAAAGUUAUGGUUUUAAAGCUGACAUGAAUGCUCAUUCAUUUAACAAAAAUGAAAUUACAGAAGAGACUGAAACUAAACCAUCUGGUGAAAAAACAGGAAAUACCGGCCAUUCUCCGUCACUGAUUGAGGAUUCUAACAAACCUGCAGUCACUGCAUCAUGUCCUGCCAAAGAUUCUACAGACACAGAAAUCCACUUAAAAGACAGUAAAAUUGACAAGGCAGAUAAACUGAUUGUAUCCAGAUCUUCCUUAGAUGCCAAAGAGCACCUGAAGCCUGUGGUUCAUAAAGAUGCAGACACCAGUGGCUCUGACCACUGGGCCAAGAGGCGAAAGCUCUUCAAGGAGAGCAAGCAGUGGAGCUCUGCUGGAGGAAGCUCAAUUACCAGUGACAUUACAGAGGAAUCAGAGCGUUCCAUAACUCCGUCUCGUCUCUCUGCAGGUGUGAUUGAGCGCUGGGAGUUGCUGCAAGUCCAAAAGUUCAACCACGAGACGGACAUCAAGCAGGACUUGGAGCAGUGGCAGAAGCUGAACGCCGACCUCUGCGAUGUCACUUCCUGGUUGGGCAGGGUGCUGCCAGACCUCGAGAGGCUGCAGCGGAUCACACCGUCCACCAGCAUCCGAGACAUCGAAGUCAACAUCAGGAAACUAAAGGAGAUGCAGAAGACCUUCAACAGCUACAAGUGUCUGAUGAUCUCCGUCAACCUGAGCAGCCGUCACUUCCUGCGGGGCGACAGCGCCGAGCUGCGGGAGCUGCAGGACGCCCUCACCUCAGCCAAUCACAGCUGGACGCAGGCCUGCGGCGGCCUGGAGAGCUGGGAGAGGAGGCUGCACGCGGCGCUCAUGCAGUGUCAGGAGUUCCAUGAGACGCUGCACUCCCUGCUGCUGUGGCUCGCUCAGGCCGAGAACAAACUCCGCGGCGUGAACGUUAGCGAGCCGAUGGCGCCACGCUCCGUCCUGCUCGAGCACCGAGACACGCUGACGACUCUGCAGGAGGAGCUGUGCGGCCGCCAGCGGCAGGUCUCCUCUCUGCAGGAGAUCUCCUCUCAGCUCCUCCUGGAGGCCACUGCAGAGGACAGCAUCGAGGCCAAGGAGAAGGUCCACGUCAUCUGCAACAAACUGCGCCUCCUGCUGCGACAGGCGGCUGCUGACCUGCACACGCUGCAGGGAAGACUGGCACAGGAAACCUGCUCAACCAGCUCUGAAAUGGACAGCAUCGGUCUGGGAACACUGAGAUCUCCUCUGCUGCUGCACAAGGAGGACGCUGGACUACAGGCAGCUACAGUUGGAAAACCGGCAACUAGAAGGGACGAGAGGAGGGAUUGUUCCCCACGCCGACCGCUCUUCUACCGGGUUCUACGAGCUGCCUUCCCCCUACACCUGCUCUUCUUCAUGCUGCUGGUUCUGGCCUGCCUGGUGCCUCUGUCCGAAGAGGACUACAGCUGUACACUGUCCAACAACUUCGCCCGCUCCUUCUACCCCAUGCUGCGCUACACCAACGGCCCUCCCCCCACAUGAACACUGCCAUGACGCCCAGCGGUGGCAUUCGUCUAUGAGUUGGAGGACUGAAAAACCCGAGGCUGGAAUCCAAAAUGGACCCGUUAACAGUGUCAAAGGCACCUUCACCCUUCCACAAAAGAAAGAAGCACCACCCUUCAUGUCCGAAGGCCUCAUCUUGUGUUUUUUCACUAAAUUUUAUUGGUGUAUUUAAAAAUGUAUUUAUUAUUUGUUGUUAUAACAGUUAAAAAAAAAAAAAAGAAGAAGCCAUAUCACUGGUUUGUUUUAAAGUUUUGUCUUUUUCUUAUAUGUAGAUUUGCUAUCUGACGUCCCCACUGAACAUUUCAAUAUACGGUGCAAAGACAAAAAAAAUGUCUCAAGAUUUAUUUUAAUACCAACAGUAUAUUUUCAUUUUUGUACUUUCACUACAGUCCGUUGGAUCUAAUUUGAAGGAUAAAAGACUUUUAUUACCAAAGCGCCCAGAAAUCGAGGAGUAGUCAUUUUCAACCACUGCAGCUAUUUGUACUGUUUUUCAUAGAAGGCAGCCACUUGUUGAUAGCACAUUUUGUACAGAGAGGUGUGUUGUUUUGAUUUUGUUGUUUGAUUUAGAGGUAUUUAAAACAUGUAAGAUAUUACUUUUUUUAAAAUGAUGGCAGUAACUCAUGCAGACCUGCCUUUCCUUUCUGUAGCCAACAGAACAACCAUAAUUAUCAGAUAAUGUACCUUUAAUGGUGAUGAAUUUUGUAUUUAAGGGCAAACUACUGAGAGAGAAAUAGGUAAAUUAUUGUUUCUGGGUGUGAGUGUGGAACUGAAACCUGUCAAAGUUAUUUAACAUGGGGCAAUAGUUUGAAAUGCUUUUAUAUUGUAUAUUUGUGGCAUUCAGAGUUAUACGCGGUUGUUACAGUGACUUUUAGUAUUCCCUUUUCGUGAGAGCCGAUGAAAUAAAAUGACAUUUUCCUAUGGUUAUGUAAAAUUUACGGUCAGUGUUUUUGGAGGUCAUCCUUAAAUAUUUUAGCAAAUCACUGAACCAAAAAAAAGGCACUGAUCCUCAAAUUAAAGCUGCAUUAGGCGAUUCUUUACCACUAGGUGGCAGAAAGCCUCAAACGCACUAACAAAAAUGCAUCUAAUCAACUGCUUUUAGCUAAUGUAGUAGCAUACAAACUGCCUACUUGCACAUCCAGCAAACACAGUAUCUGGCUCUUAAGCUAGAUGUUUCACUUCCUUGACUGGCUAUUAGCUAACUUUGUCCAUCUGCGUUUUGGUGCUGGACAUGUAGCUAAACUUUUGUUGUCGAUUUUGUUUUAUGGAAACUGCUUGCUAUGACAAAUGUUGUGAGUUUGAACCAUUGAAUCUAUAUGCAGCAGUAUAUUCAAAACGCUAAGCUAAAAAGAGGCUGAAGGUUCUGUACUACUACUUCUGCUACUGAGUUAGGAGUUGAUUCUCAGUGUGCUUGGUAUUAUGAGCAACCCUUUUCAGAUUUGAUUCAUAUCAAAUUAUCGCUUAAUUAAGUUUUAAGGGUUUCUUUUUGAGAUAUGGUAACAGCAAUAUUAGCUCUGGGAGUCUUGUGUCAAGGGAUUAACAGCAGCAAACACAUAUCACACUGCCAUCUAGCUGUUAAACAAGGUAAUAAUGUGGCAGUGUCUUUUUUUAAUGCAAAAUUAAUCUGAACUAUACUCCUUUAAGAAUAAUUACUUGCCCAACGCUGUUCCAGUUGGUCCCAUGGAGUACAGUCCUGCAGGAAUCAAACAGGUUAAAACAAAGAAUGGUUUUUAAAAAAUAAAGUUUGUUGUUUAAAUACUGUAAUGUGGGAUUUACCUGAACGCUGCUUUAAAAACACUCUUCAGUCGUGCAGUCCUUCAGACUGGUGUCAAAAUCUAACAAGCCAGACUGAGUAGAACAUGAAUGUAAGUGAUCCUUUGGGCACUGAAUGUAGCUGUGUACAUGCACAAUCAAAGAUAAUUAAAUGUACUUAAUUUACAAUGUUAAUAUUUUUGAUCCUAAAUGUUAAAGAGAGUGUAUAAUUUGAUUUGAAACUCAGUGUUUGAUACCAAUUUGUACAUAAUCUCCUCACACACCAGCAGAACAGAAACAAACAACAAAAAGUGUGUAAAGUUGGAUUUAUUUUGUGAACUCUUAUUUAUGGGAUGUAUAGAUUGCCAUUUUUGAUUGACAAUAAACCAUGUUUGCCAUGAUUUGAGGCUGUUUGUGUAACUGUAUCGCUAGGACUAACAGAUUUGACUUUAACGAGAUCUGAGAUAUGAAUGUGCAUGUUUGCAAAAACCGCAGAGAAAUAUUUUCAGCAUCAGAUUUGUGUGUGUGUGUGUGUGUGUUUGCAUGCAUGUACAAGCCACAGACAGCAGAGAAAGAAAGGACAGUGAACAUGUAUCUGUCUAUUUGCAGUGGUAGAAUAAUCUGACACCAAGGCUGAAUUUACAUAGGCAGGAAAGUGGCACAGCUCAUGACCGCACGUCCAAAAAGGACCUAAAUGAUGCGUUUUUGGGAAGCUUAUCCAAAUUUCUGAAGCAUUUACUGUUUCAGUUUGUUUGGCCGGAUCAAAACAAAGCAAUUUGAACUUGGAUGGUACCGACUGUUCCCACCACUGUUCUCUCGGAAGAGAACAGCAGAGUGAUUAAUGAGAGCUUAAAUCAAAAACACCAAAGCAAACGAGUCCAAAACACGAGGCUUUAAAUGUGUAAAAAGACAAAUAGUUAAAGGACUUGAAGCAAACAGUUUCUCAUGCCUGUGAAGCCAAGAAUAACAAAACAAGUGAGUUCUGGACUGAUUCUCAUAUUCAGAUUUAUCUUCAUGUGUUAUCCAUUCAGGAAGGAAAGUG